UUUUUGCCCAUUCCUUCAUUGCAUCCUCAUCGCACUGUAACAUAUUCAUCUGUCCAUCCAUUCAUUUAUUCAUUCGUUCGUUCGUUCAUUCAUUCUGUCCUUCUCUUUUUUACCUUGCAUAGAUAUCUUCUUGUCCUUAUCCUCAAUACUUCCUUCCCUCUUUUAGCUUUCUUAUUUAUACCCCUUUCCCUUAUAAGUUUUCCCUCCUUAAAAAAGAGCCUUUUUAAAUGGGAUCCGAUUUAGAUCGUCAAAUCCAGACACUGCUUCAAUGCAAAAUCAUCACAGAAGCUGAAGUCAAGGAGUUAUGCUUAAAAGCCAGGGAGAUCCUUGUUGAAGAGAGUAAUGUUCAACGCGUGGAUGCACCGGUGACUGUUUGCGGUGACAUCCACGGUCAGUUUUGGGAUCUCAAGAAACUCUUUGAAGUUGGUGGUGAAUGCCCAAAAACUAACUAUCUUUUCAUGGGCGAUUUUGUUGACAGAGGACAUCACAGUGUAGAGACAUUUUUACUUCUGUUGGCUCUCAAGGUCAGAUAUCCAGAUCGGAUUACGCUUAUUCGGGGCAAUCAUGAAUCACGACAGAUCACUAAAGUCUAUGGAUUUUACGACGAGUGUUUUACAAAAUUCGGAUCCGCCAACGUCUGGAGAUAUUGCUGUGAAAUUUUUGACUACCUGAGCUUGUCUGCUAUCAUUGAUGAUCGUAUCUUUUGUGUACAUGGAGGUCUUUCACCGUCUAUCAACACCAUUGAUCAGAUCCGGACGAUUGAUAGAAUGCAAGAAGUUCCUCAUAAUGGUGCAAUGUGCGACUUGCUUUGGUCAGACCCUGAUCCAGACUCUUGUACAGGAUGGGGACUUAGUCCCCGUGGUGCAGGAUUUUUGUUUGGCGAAAGCGUAGCUAAACCUUUCUUACAUAACAACGGAUUAGAACUUAUUGCUCGCGCACAUCAGCUGGUCAUGGAGGGCUACAAAUUGAUGUUUGAUGACACAGUAGUCACUGUGUGGUCUGCACCCAACUAUUGUUAUAGAUGUGGCAAUGUAGCGGCUAUAUUGGAGAUAGAUUCUAGUCUCAACAAGAGUUAUACGAUCUUCAGAGAUUCUGAACGUAAUUCAAUGGCUUCACGAGCAACUCCUCAAAGAGAAGGACCACCAGAUUACUUUUUGUGAAUACAAGG